AUGGUCGGAUUUAUCGGGGCCGGCCGAAUGGCCCAAGCUUUGGCUAAAGGUUUCAUCACUUCGGGUUUAGUAAAAGCUAAUAAUAUAACAGCUAGUGACACAAACCCAAUAUGCUUACAGAUGCUGAAGGACAUGGGAGCCAAGACGACGACACACAACACUGAUGUGGUCAACAAUAGCAACAUGGUGAUCAUAGCCACCAAACCACAUAUAGUUAAAAAAGUUUUAAACGAGGUGUCACACAAAGUUACCAAAGAUAACUUGUUUGUGUCCAUAGCUGCUGGUAUAACCAUUGACACCCUAGAAGAGAAUUUGCCAAAAGGAACAAGAGUUGUGAGAGUAAUGCCCAACACACCAGCAUUAGUUUCAGCUGGUGCUUCAGUUGUGACUCCAGGGCAUGCAGCCAACCCUACAGACAGUAAAAUGGUGGGAGAACUAUUAAAGAGUAUAGGUAUUGUUGAAGAAGGGGUAGAGACUUAUCUUGAUGCUGUUACUGGUUUGAGUGGAAGUGGUCCUGCCUAUGCUUUUGUAGCAAUAGAGGCCAUGUCUGAUGGUGGAGUUAAAAUGGGUCUACCAAGAGAUUUAGCAACAAAAUUAGCUGCCCAAACCUUACUGGGGGCAGCUAAGAUGGUAUUGGAAACUGGAAAGCAUCCGGGACAAUUGAAGGAUGAAGUUUGUUCACCAGGUGGCACUACAAUAGACGCUAUUUAUUCCUUAGAAAAAGCAGGAUUCCGUGGUGCUCUCAUAGACGCUGUUACUAUAGCUACGGAAAAGGCAAAAUUAUUAGGGGCCAAAAAAUAG